AUGGGAAGAGGCACUACCAUCUCACUUCUUCUUACUACGCUGUUUCUCACAUGUGUUGCUGUUAUAGCUUAUGAUUUGGUAUUCUCAAGGAAGAGGAGUAAAUGGCCUCCUUGUCCUCCCAGGCUACCAUUAGUGGGCAACCUUCAUCAGAUAAUGAAAGGCGACAAUAUUCUUUCGACCUUGACAGAUAUGGCCAAGUUGUAUGGUCCUGUAAUGACAGUGUGGAUGGGACUAUCGCCUAUGAUAAUUCUCACCGGCCAAACUGCAAUCUGGGAGGCGCUGGUAAACCAAGCCUCCAAUUUCGUAGAUCGUCGAAAGCUUUACUCCAGGCAAUACACGACUGCAAACUUCAAUACCAUCCUUAUUUCUCCCUGCAAUGAACGUUGGACUAAGCUCAGAAAGCUUCUCCGCAACAAUGUUCUCAGUCCAUUCCACAUUGCAAGCCAGAGCUCUGCUCAUCAGGCAUGUUUCUGUGAUCUCUUCAACACAUUAGAAAAGGAGAUGGAGGCAAAUAGUGGCGUGGUGAGGCCCUUGGAUCGGGUAUACUUCAAGCAGAGUGCUCCCGAUUGCUAUUUGAAUUGCUUGCUUUCUGUCGGCGAAGAAGACGAUGAAGAGAACAAGUUAAAGUUCUCCGACGAAGAAAUAGCCCUAAACUUGUUUGAGCUCUUUCUUCUCGCAGUAGACAGCACCUCCUCAGCUCUAGAAUGGGCUCUCGCUCAUCUUAUAACCCAUCCUAAUAUACAAGAAAGGGCAUAUCGGGAGGUAAGCCAAGCUGUGGAAGGAAAAGAGCACAACUUGUUAUGUAUGGAGGAUUUGGGGAAGCUGCCAUACUUGCAAGCAGUUGUGAAGGAGACGCUGAGAAAAGAGUCCAUAGCGCCGCUUGCAAUACCACACGAAACUGUGGAGGAGUGUAAGGUGAUGGGCAUCACCAUCCCAGCGAAAUCAUCAUUGCUUUUUAAUCUGCACAGCGUCUGCAACGAUCCUGGAGCAUGGAAAGAGCCCGAUCAGUUUAUGCCGGAGAGAUUUCUGGGUAAUAUGGAUUCUGACAAGGUGAGAAUGUGGUAUCUACCGUUUGGAGCCGGAAGACGAGUAUGUGCUGGAAUGGACCUUGCUAACGUUCAUGUUCCCAUCACUCUGGCCAAUUUAUUGGUUAAAUUUGAGUGGACAUGUGUGAAGGAAGGGAAUCCUCCAGACCUAACCAGGCAUAUUCCUUCCUUCAUCUUGGAAAUGAAAUAUCCAUUGGAGGCUCGCAUAACUUACCGUUAG